GUAUCUAAUGCUCGUCGGGUGUACGUCGUUAAUGACGAAGUGCCUGACUCAUACGUGACAUGCUACCUUCGAGAUGAUGACAAGUGGUUGAACAAGCAUCCUGCCGCUCCCGCUGCCGCUCCCGCUGCCGCUCCCGCUGCCGCUCCCGCUGCCGCUCCCGCUGCCGCUCCCGCUGCCGCUCCCGCUGCCGCUCCCGCUGCCGCUCCCGCUGCCGCUCCCGCUGCCGCUCCCGCUGCCGCUCCCGCUGCCGCUCCCGCUGCCGCUCCCGCUGCCGCUCCCGCUGCCGCUCCCGCUGCCGCUCCCGCUGCCGCUCCCGCUGCCGCUCCCGCUGCCGCUCCCGCUGCCGCUCCCGCUGCCGCUCCCGCUGCCGCUCCCGCUGCCGCUCCGCUGCCCGCAAAAUUCGAGGCCGAGGCCUAA